GUUAGAACGUUGGUCUUAGUGUUUGUGUUUCUUUGAAUGAGUAGUUUAGUUGUUGUGUGAUUAUGAAUUAUGAUUGUUUGUGAUGUUAAAUUUUCAGUUGGUCGAGACUCUGCGUCUUUGGUUGAAUUUGACAAUAAUGAUUUUAGACAAGGGAGUGUCAUUGAACAUGAUCAUCAUGAAAGGGAUGGUUUUGUAUCAGAUGAAGAAGAAGAUGAAGAAAUGAUGUUUGGAAACUCUGAAGCUGUCAAGCAAUUGUUUGAGAAGCUGGCACAAGAACAACUACAAUCAGAAAUUGGUACUGAUGUCGAUGAUGACGACGUGAACGAUAUGGAUGGCGACAAGAACAACAAUGGAGGGAAGCAAGUGUUUGAUUCUUCAGCCUUGGCCACCCUUUUGAAAGGAGUAAGAUCAACAAUUGAUGUGGAACAAAACAAUGUCGUUGUUGUUGAUAACCAAUUGAAUGAAGAAGAAAAAAUGAAAUUGGAGAAAUUGCAGCAAAUCAGAAUCAAAUUCUUGAGACUAGUUCUAAGGCUUGGUUUGACUACACAGGAAUCAAUUGCAGCCCAAGUGCUUCAAAGGUUAACCCUUAUUGCUUCUGGAAGGGAUCCAAGACAAACUAGUCAAAUAUUCAAUCUUAAUGCUGCUGAGGAAAGUGCUUUCAAUCUUGAAGCUAGGGGAGAAAUUUUGAACCAUUCUUUGAAUGUACUAGUUCUCGGGAAAUCAGGUGUGGGAAAAAGUGCUACUAUAAAUUCAAUCUUUGGUAAAGUGAAGACCAAAAUUAGUGCAUAUGGUUCUGCAACCAAUUCUAUUAAAGAGAUUGUUGGGAUGGUUGAUGGAGUUAGCAUUAGGAUUUUUGAUACUCCUGGUUUGAAAUCUUCUGCAUUGGAACAGUGUUACAACAAGAAAGUUUUAUCUAUGAUUCAAAAGUUAACAAAGAAAAAACCACUUGAUAUUGUUCUCUAUGUCGACCGUCUCGACAUACAAACUAAGAAUCUCAAUGAUUUACCACUGUUGAGAACAAUUUGUAAUGUAUUUGGUCCAUUGAUAUGGAGGAAUACUGUUAUCACAUUGACUCAUGCUGCCACUGCACCUCCGGAUGGUCCAUUAGGUUCACCAUUGAGUUAUGAUGUGUUUGUGACUCAGAGAAAUCGCGCGGUUCAACAAGCCAUUGGACAGGUUAUUGGCGACGAACAGAUUAAUAAUCUGAGUUUGAUGAAUCCGGUUGCACUUGUUGAGAAUCACCCUUCUUGUAGAAAGAAUAAAAAUGGACACAAAGUGCUUCCUAAUGGUCAAACUUGGAGACCUCUUUUGCUGCUCUUGUGCUACUCAAUGAAGAUUCUAUCAGAAGCAACUAGCCUUUCCAAAACUCAAGAAAUGUUUAAUUACAAUAAGUUGUUUGGUUUUCGUGUUCGAACUCCAUCGCUUCCGUACUUGCUAUCUUGGUUGAUGCAACCGCGUAACCAUGCAAAACUCGCAUCCAAUCAAGGUGGUAAUGACAUCGGUGGUUUUGAAAUGGAGUUUGCAGAGUUGUCUGAUUCUGAUCAAGAAGAUGAUGAAGAUGAAUAUGACAGGCUUUUGCCGUUUAGGCCACUUAAGAAAUCUCAGGUUGCUAAGCUAAGUAGAGAACAACGGAAAGCAUACUUUGAAGAGUAUGAUUGCCGUGUCAAACUUCUACAGAAGAAGCAAUGGAAAGAGGAAUUGAGAAGGAUGAGGGAGAUAAAGAAGAAUAAAGGUAAAUCAGAAUAUGGCUACACAGAAGAAGGUGCUCAGAAUAUGGAAAGUCCAAAUGCAGUGCCGACUCCAUUGCAUGAUAUGAUCAUGCCGCUAUCCUUUGAUGGUGACAACCCGGUCUUUAGAUAUCAUUUCUUAGAAUCAACUUCACAGUUUCUUACGAGGCCGGUGUUGGAUGCGAAUGGUUGGGAUCAUGAUUGUGGUUAUGAUGGAGUAACCAUUGAAAACAGUCUAGCAAUUGCCAAUAAAUUUCCAGCAUCUUUUGGUGUUCAGGUUGCAAAGGAUAAGAAAGACUUUAAUAUGCAAUUGGAGUCUUCAGUUGCCGCAAAGCAUGGAGAGAAUGGUUCAAGCAUGGCUGGCUUUGACAUACAAAACAUAGGAAAGCAACUAGCCUACGUCGUUAGGGGAGAGACGGAAUUCAAGAAUUUCAAAAGAAAUAAAACUUGUGCCGGUGUGUCUGCGACGUUUUUGGGCGAAAAUGUAUCUACUGGAUUGAAAGUUGAGGAUCAGAUAGCUCUUGGAAAAUGCUUGUUGUUAAUGGGAAGUGCUGGGCUUAUGAGGUCUCAAGGUGAUUCUGCUUAUGGCACGAACGUAGAAGUGCGGUUUAAAGAGGCGGAUUUUCCAAUAGGUCAGGAUCAAUCUUCAUUGAGUCUUUCUCUGGUGAAGUGGAGAGGAGAAUUGGCUUUAGGCGCGAAUUUGCAGUCUCAAUUUUCUAUCGGACGUAGUUAUAAGAUGGCUGUUCGUGCUGGAUUGAACAACAAACGUAGUGGACAAAUUUCUGUGAGAACAAGUAGCUCGGAACAACUUCAAAUUGCUCUUGUUGCCGUUCUUCCAAUUGUCAGGGCUAUCUAUGCAAAUUUCUGGUCCAAGGCGUGUGAUAGGGAUCCCAAUUCCAUCUUUUAAGUUUUGUUGUUUUGAUCAUGUCAUUACUAAGUAGUUUUUGAGUUGAACACAUCCAAUUGUUUGUUUUCAUUAUUUUCUUCAAUAAUAUGUUGUUCAUUUUGUAUAGAGUAUAAGAUCUCAUGUGUUGUGGUGUAGUCUGUGUGCCAAAAUUCUAUAGUGAAUUCAUGG